CCAAACCAGCGUCGUCAUUGUUAAUUUUCCUUUGAACAUACUGGGAGCAUUUUCGGUUCAUAUAAGUUGUUUCUCAGCGUAAUUUUCACGUUACCCUAGGCAUCAUCAUUGGUAGAUUCAACGCUGGACCUGCUUACGGAUGAUUAGCCAAUCGCAUAGCGUCUGCUGGUGCCAUCUAUCAGGGCCAUUGUAUUCGAAUGGUUCCACAGAUAUCUGUUAGAAGUCAGGCUUUACUCGAAGACGAUAACUACCUGUCUAUUCAGUAGCCAUUUCAUAUUGCAGUCUGGCUACAGCCGUGAAUUGUAAUACUCCCGGCUUUUAUCACCGCAAGGAUAGGACGACCAAAGAUUCGACCCGACAAAACAAGUAUAGGAUAGUACAAAUAAAGAACCCGAAAUGCAAAACCAGUCAUUCGACAGCCUACCCCUAUUUUCCCUCCGAGAACGAACGGCAAUCGUCUCCGGCGUAGCCAAGGCAGGGAUAGGCUUUGCCAUUGCUCAGAUUCUAGCUCAGGCGGGCGCCAACGUCGCCAUUCUAUACCAUAAAAACAAGUCCGCAAUUGAUGCCGCCGACGAAAUAGCAGCAAACUACAAUGUUAAAUGUCGCGCAAUCCAAGUAGACGUCACAAAGCAGCCCGAGCUCGACGCAACCAUAACCGAAAUCGUGAAACAGUUUAAUGGACGCCUGGAUAUCUUCGUUGCGAAUAGCGGCAUAGCAUGGGAGGAAGUGGAGGCGAUCGAUAGCAGUGUUGCGCAUUAUCGCCAGGUUAUGUCGAUCAAUCUGGACGGUGUGUAUUACUGUGCUCGCGCUUCUGGAAAGCAUUUUCGUCGGCAAGCACAAGAAAAAACUACCAUUUCGGGUCACCCUCUGAUGGACUUCAAAUCUGGGAGUUUUAUCGCGACUGCUAGUAUGAGUGGACAUAUUGUGAACGUGCCUCAUUUGCAGGCUGCGUACAAUACGUCAAAAGCUGGGGUUAUACAUCUUUGCAAAUCCCUAGCUGUUGAAUGGGCCGGCUUCGCUCGCGCAAACACAGUAUCGCCUGGCUACAUCGAGAGUGGGUUGACAGGUGAUUGCUCGGAAGAUGUCAAGGACUCUCUCCGAGACAAGACUCCAAUGCGCCGCAUCGGGCAUCCCGAUGAGUUGAAGGGCGCUUAUUUAUAUCUCGCAUCGGACGCAUCGAGCUUCACGACUGGUGCGGAUAUUGUGGUAGAUGGAGGUUAUUGUCUUCCAUAGAUGAUUCAUUCUGGAUCAAUAACAGUCAGCUGCUUGAUAAACCACCUAUUAUGGGGUCUUAAUUCCAGUAUCUAGUCCUUGUAAGUCGUAUAAACCAGAUGCCUUUGUUUCAACAUACCUCAAUCACACCGAUGUAUCGAUAAGAGACUAUCAACCGACAUGUGUAUUUGUCGAGUCUGAAGACAUCCAAGACAGAGACUGGGAUUAUUAUAAACUACGUAGAAAUGAUGAGAUAAGAAUACUAGAUAUCCAUCUAAA